AUGGCUUUUCAACCCGUAUUUGACCUCGCAGAAGCCAAGUACAUUACGCUGUUGACACGGCCGAAUGACAUAGAAAAGGAAGAGGAAAUGAAGGAAGAACUGAAUAGAAGAAUGAGAGCAGCAUGGGUAGCAUUCUCAGCCGUCAGGGAAGCUACGGACCAACUGACGGACCAAGAUCUCCGUGCCCACCUGUUCGAGUCGACAGUUCUUCCAGCGCUCUGUUACGCAGCGGAGACGUGGGCAGACACCGCUGCCUAG